AUGAGGACGCUAUGGGAGGCCACCGAUACCUAUAUUAAGAUCAGUCCCUUCAUGUCAGCUAACAAAAUCAAGAAGCCGAUCCUACUGAUUCAUGGAGAAGAUGACAGCAAAGUAACAACAUCAAUGCAGUCAAGUCAGUUUUACGAUGCCUUGAAGGGUCAUGGGGUGCCAUGCCGUCUUGUGAUUCUCCCAUGUGAGCAGCACCAAUAUGCUGCAAGAGAGAGCAUUAUGCAUAUAAUCUGGGAGACUGACAGGUGGCUACAGAAGUAUUGUGCAAAUGAUCGUGGGGGCAACAAGGUUAUGGAAGCCAAUGUUGACACAUCCCAGUCACCUUCAGAAGCUGUACUAGAUAGUAAAGCUUUGACCUUAAACUUCACCAAGAUUUCUAGUUUGGUAAGGAACUUAAGUGCUUUUUUUGUUACUAUAGACAUAUGGCACUUUUCGUGUGGCUUUAAGCCUGCAAAUGAGAACGUGUAUAGCAUAGUGGUAGGGAUGCUGAAGUGCAACCUACAGAUCAAGUUGAUAUGGUUGGCAUUUGCUCGGUUUGUUUCUAGCAAGUCCAAAAAGAGUAUGCAGUAG